UGUGGAGAACAUGCUUACCAACAGGUUUGUGAAUCAAUUGAUCCUCCUGCUUCUCGAUUCAUAAGCUACCUUGAAAACUAUGCUAACAAAUUUGAAAUCAACCCGCAAUUCAACGAGUGUGUUCAAUCUGCUAAGUAUGAUGAAACCAGUGGAUUGUGGAGGGUCAAGACAAAUGAAGUUGAGUAUAUUUGUAGGUGGCUUGUUGUUGCUACCGGCGAAAAUGCUGAGUGUGUUACUCCUGAAAUUGAAGGACUUUCUGAAUUCAAAGGUGAAGUUGUUUAUGCUUGUGAUUACAAGUCAGGGAAAAAUUUUGAAGGAAAGAAAGUUCUUGUUGUUGGAUGUGGAAAUUCUGGAAUGGAACUCUCACUUGAUCUUAGCAAUCAUCAUGCUUUACCUUCCAUGGUUGUUCGUAGCUCGGUUCAUGUGCUACCAAGAGAAAUAUUUGGAAUAUCAACUUUUGAAUUAGCGGUUAUGAUGUUGAAGUGGUUACCACUUUGGAUUGUGGACAAACUUUUGUUGAUUUUGACAUGGUUCAUUUUGGGUGACAUGGAAAAAUAUGGUAUCAAAAGACCAUCAAUGGGUCCAUUGCAGUUGAAGAACACCGUAGGAAAGACACCGGUUUUGGACAUUGGUGCCUUGGAGAAAAUUAGAUCCGGUGAUAUAAAUGUUGUACCUGGAAUCAAAAGAAUUAAUAAAAAUGGUGAAGUUGAGCUUGUUAAUGGUGAAAAGCUUGAUAUUGAUGCAGUUGUUCUUGCUACUGGUUACCGCAGCAAUGUCCCUUCUUGGCUUCAGGAAGGUGAAUUUUUCUCAAAAAAUGGAUACCCAAAGAUGCCAUUUCCACAUGGUUGGAAGGGAAAUUCAGGACUUUAUGCUGUAGGGUUCACAAAGAGAGGGCUUUCUGGUGCUUCAUCUGAUGCUGUUAAAAUUGCACAAGAUAUUGGAAAAGUUUGGAAACAAGAGACAAAACAAAAGAAGCAACGCACUACUGCUUGUCAUAGACGUUGCAUUUCACAAUUCUAAACACACAAAUGCUGCUUCUUUUUAGUCUCAGGAAUUUUUUGUUGUAUAAACAAAAAAACAAUAACAAUAUCUUGUAAAAAAAAAUACACAUAUACAAAAAACAGAAACAGAUAGCACACAUAAAUAUAGCCCUCUCCUAAGACCCAAGUUUUUUAUGUGGUUGGUUAGUUUUUGAAAACCAUAAGGAUGAUGAGGCUCUUUCAUUCUUUUCUUUUUUUUAAACAUUCCAAUGUAUUUCAUUUGGUUGAUUUAUAUGUAACACAUUAUCAUAGUUCUUCGGUGAUUAAUAA